UCCAGGUAUCCUCAUUUGGGAAGGAAUGCUGAAAACUCUUACUGAGCCAGAAGAAAUCUUAUCUAUGUUAACAGAACAUAGAGUUGGUAUCUUUAUCUAAUGCAAGCAGUAAACUUGCAAAGAGAUAACAGUUUGCAUAAAAAUGUAAAGAAUGCUGAAAAUGUUGCAAGACCUGAUGUGGCAAUCACCGAAAUGAAUAUGUAUUAGAGUAGGUUGCAUCCCUUUUGAAUAUGUAACAGAUUGAGCAACACUUUAAGGAUAAAUGGGGAACGCGAUGUGACGGUCUUUGGAACCAGAUUUGGGUGUGCAUACCCCUGGUUCCCGGGGCCUCGAAAUAAAGCACCACAUAUAACCUUCUUCGUUAUGGUUAUGUGUUUGUCUCUACGCUAACAGUUUUGGCAACCCAGGUGGGACCUCGCGGGCAUUGCUGAGGCGGCUCGCAUCGAUCCCGCUCUGGCCGGCACCGAGUAAUUCUCGGGGAGCCAUCGACCGCAACCGACCUCUGCUGCCCCCGACGGACCGAGGAUUAUAUUGAUAGUAGGAAAUUCUUCGCUUUUGAAUGGGAGAACACGCACAAUGGACGAAAAAUGCAGUUGACAUGGACAAGGCUUCCACAAGGAUUCAAGAACAGUCCAACACUUUUUGGGAACCAGCUGGCAAAAGAAUUGGAAUCAUGGACAAUGCAGGAGAAAGUUCAGCAGCCUUCUUAGGAGCACCUGUGGAAGAUGGCCCUUUGGAACAUGAUUGUGUGGAAGUUAUCGAACACACUCAUGCAACAAGGGCUGACCUGAAGGACACCCCACUUGAACAGCCUGAUCAAGAACUUUUUACAGAUGGAAGUAGUCAUGUAGAAAACGGGACACGAUAUGCCGGGUAUGCGGUAACCACACAAAAAGGGGUAAUAAAAGCAGAGGCUCUUCCUGUAGGAACUUCAGCACAGCGAGCAGAAAUAGUAGCUCUCACGAGAGCCUUGGAAUUGAGCAGGGAUCAGCGAGUAAAUAUAUGGACAGACUCAAAAUAUGCAUUUGGAGUGGUUCAUAUACAUGGAGCACUAUGGAAAGAACAAGGACUCCUAUCUUCGCAAGGUACGAACAUAAAAUACCAAAAAGAAAUUCUGAAUUUGAUAACUGCUGUACAGUUACCCAAACAGGUGGCGAUCAUGCACUGUAAAGCACAUCAAGGAGGAGAUUCCAAAAUAGCUGAAGGAAACACGUUAGCGGACCGGACAGCUCAACAGAUUGCACGACAGGUAUCAAAUAUGAUGGCCUUAAUACCCACGAAGAACUUUGACGCAGCUGAGGAGUACUCUGGUUUGGAAUCGACCCUUUUCAUUGGAACACCCAGUGCACAAUAUCAAUCCAGGAGACCAGGUUUACGUCCGUGACUGGGUUGAGGAACCACUGAGAGAACAGUGGAACGGACCAUACCUGGUGCUGCUAACUACCUUUACCGCAGUUAAAGUGAAGGGAAUUGAUUCCUGGAUUCACUACACACGGGUAAAGAAGGUUCCCGGAGAGUGGCAAGCAGAAGUAACUGGACCUACAAAGCUGAAACUUACAUACCAGAAGGAUGUCUAAUUACGUCUAUGGGACAAUCAUAAUAAUAUGGUUUCUGAUGAAUAUGACUUUUUCCACAGGCACCCACCGGAAGAAUAGAAAUGUGAGAUAUCAUCCAGAACAAAAUGCCAUUCUGUCUUGCACGGUUUGAAAUCAGAAAGUGGAAGUAACAUCGGGAAAAGGAAUCCAAUUCGACAUUAACAAAGGAUUGGAAAAGAUAAUAGUAUCCCAUAGAAAAAGGCGAGAUAUAGAGCCCACUCCAACACCACAGGUAAUACACCUCCCCUCAAGGGACCCCGAGGAAAACCUAAUAAUAGGCUUAAUUAAGGAUUUUGCAGGAAUACAGAAUACCAGUAAAAUUACUGCUUGCCUUCCAGUUCCUAAGGCAGCGGGGGAACCUAUAAACUGGGGAAUAAUAACUUUCCCUCUGCCGACAUCACAGGGAAAUAAGACUGAGUGCAAACAAAUAACCAUAGAAAAGGAACGGCAGGUCAGGGUGAAAGGGGAAUGGCUGCCAGAACAGAUUUGUAACCAGCUCGCAAACUCCACCUUCAUUACUAAGAAUUCAGGAGGAGAAUUUGGGGUAUGUACGUAUGAUAGAAUUAUCACAAAAACAGAGACACAAUGGGAAUGCCAAGAAAGACAAAAACAAUUAGAAUGGGAAACCAUUUGGUCAACUAAUAUCUUGCAAAAAUUCCACUAUGGUGGUAACACUUCGUGGUGUAUCAAAUGGGAGGGAAAGCAGGACGCAACAAUUCCAACCGAAACCCUUUUGGCCAAUAAUGGAGUUAGUCGAGAAGUGAUACAAAACGUACCUUGGUGGAAUUGUUCUGAAAUAUGGGACUGUGAUUCAAACCCAGAUGAAAUAACAAUACCCCCCGUAAGAGUGGCUUUAAAGGCUGGGUGCGCCUGCCGGGGAUACAAAAGUGGAGGACAGAUGAUCCCCUAUCAUAAACCAGAUUGUAAGUAUUCAACUAUUAAGAGUAUGGGAAAUUUUGUAUGGGCCAAUAGUGAUGGAACGUGGACUACCCAUUUACCAGUUACGGGGAAGGUUAAAGAAAUCACAUUAGGCUUACCCACCUUAUGCCCAAUUUGGAAACGUUCCCCCUUUAAAGGGAAACUGGAAACUCUACAAAUCAACAGAAUCAAAAGAGAUAUAAAGGAAGAUGAUACAUGGCAGAAGCCCUCUACAGGAGUGAAGGUAGGAUGGGCCCUUGAAUCUCUCUUUGCUGCUCCAGUAGCUACUUACCGAAAUAGAGACAUGAUUUACAAAUUAAUAGGGCAGACUGAAGGGUUAGCUAGAGUUACUAAAAAGGGGUUCAGAGAUUUGAAUAUGCAGCUCAAAGCAACGACAAAAAUGACUUUGCAGAACAGAAGGGCAUUAGAUAUCUUAUUAUUGAAAGAACAUGGCGUUUGCGGAUAUUUAAAGGAUCGAGUUGAUCACUGCUGUGUGCAUAUACCGAAUGUAACCAUGGAUAUAGAAUAUGACAUAUCUCAACUCAAGAGAAUUGAACAAGAAGCUGAAGAAGAAAGAAAAGAGAUCGGCCAUAAUUGGAUAGGAGAAUUAUUUAAUGGAUUGGGGAUUCAUUUAGGCGGGUGGCUACAAUCGCUUUUAGAAACUAUUUGCACACUCUUGUUAGUAUUCCUGGUCAUCUACCUAGUAUACUUGUGUAUCCGUCAAGAAAUCACCUGUAACACUAGCUGGACGCAUAAGAUUAUAGGAGCAGUAACCCGGGAAUACCCACGACGCCUGACCCCGCCACCGAAGUACUACGAGACUACGAGAAUGGAGAACUAAGGUGAAAAACUGAAAAAUGGAAAUACCUUCUUAAUGAAAGAAAGUAUUUCCAAAGGGGGUAAAUGUUGGAAAACUCUAGUUUGUCUUACUAAAAUGUAGUCGAAUAACUAAUAGUUCUAACAAUUCUAUUAAAUAUAGUUAAAAACUAACUACUCCGUUGAAAUUUCGCUUGCUCCAGAGUAUAGUCUCCAGGUAUCCUCAUUUGGGAAGGAAUGCUGAAAACUCUUACUGAGCCAGAAGAAAUCUUAUCUAUGUUAACAGAACAUAGAGUUGGUAUCUUUAUCUAAUGCAAGCAGUAAACUUGCAAAGAGAUAACAGUUUGCAUAAAAAUGUAAAGAAUGCUGAAAAUGUUGCAAGACCUGAUGUGGCAAUCACCGAAAUGAAUAUGUAUUAGAGUAGGUUGCAUCCCUUUUGAAUAUGUAACAGAUUGAGCAACACUUUAAGGAUAAAUGGGGAACGCGAUGUGACGGUCUUUGGAACCAGAUUUGGGUGUGCAUACCCCUGGUUCCCGGGGCCUCGAAAUAAAGCACCACAUAUAACCUUCUUCGUAUGGUUAUGUGUUUGUCUCUACGCUAACACGGCCACAGACCUUGGAUAAGCUAAAAACAAGAACUCCCCUCAAGAAAAGAAGAACAAGGAGUAACAUCUAUGUGGGUUAUGUGCAAUGGCAUAGCAACCACCUAGAUAGGAGGAAACAUUGUUCCUGUCUAAAGAAGCUAAUGACCUGCAAAAAGAGUAGAUAUCUGUAGCUAUGCAGCAAUGCCAAAUAUUAGCUCAUACAGCAAUGGACUAUAACCAAUCAGCGUGAAACGUGUCGCUUGUAAGUCACUUAUAACUAGUAUAGAUAUAUGUUAAGAAUACAAUAAAAUUGACAGC